CUGAGGGUGUUCUUUCCUGUGGCCCGUAAGGCGCAUUACCCGUUUUGUGAGGACUUGGUGGCUCCAUGACUCCUGCCGGUUAUCCCGAGGGCUCCCGACCUGGAUGGCCGCUUACCGUUGGAUGUUGAGCGAUCCCGAGUUCCGGCUGUUGUCCUAACUCUGGGCAGAAGUAACAGAGAUGUGUCAGAAAUGGAUGUGGUAACUGCUGGCCUGCGGGGUAAAUAUCCCCAGUGGAUGCUGACAGAGAGCCAGGAGGAAGCUUCUUUGGGGCAUAAAAAGAAGCCUGUUGCCCAGAGGAGUGUUCUGGAGGAUGGGCUGCCAUUCCUGGAGUUCAGUGGCUCUGUUGUUUAUAGCUACGAAGCCAGCGACUGUUCUCUUCUUGCAGAAGAUAUCAGGCAGAGUUUAUCAGAUGGGGCUGCUGUUGGAUUUGACAUUGAAUGGCCACCAUCCUACACGAAAGGGAAGAUGUCCAAAACAGCUGUAAUCCAGAUGUGUGUCGCUGAGGACAAGUGUUACUUGUUCCACAUCUCCUCCAUGGCAGGUUUUCCCAAGGGACUCAAAACGCUGCUCGAAGAUGAAACAAUUAAAAAGGUUGGCGUAGGAAUUGAGGGAGAUCAAUGGAAGCUGAUGAGUGACUUUGAAAUCAAACUGAAGAGCUUUGUGGAGCUGGCUGACGUUGCUAAUGAGAAACUUAAGUGUAAGGAGACCUGGAGUCUGAAUGGCUUGGUGAAGCACCUUUUUGGCAGGCAGCUGCUGAAGGAUCAGUCUGUUCGUUGCAGCAGCUGGGAAAAGUUUCCACUCAAUGAGGAGCAGAAGCUCUAUGCAGCCACAGAUGCCUAUGCCGGCUACAUUGUUUAUGAAAAACUGGAAAAUAUGAACAAGAGUGACUGGAAAUUUUUUAGCAUGAGGAAAGAUGCCACGUCUGAGGGUCUGAAGGACAGCUUGGCUUCACUGGCUGAACAGAUAGCAGACCUGGCUUUUCACAUCCCUGACUCUUCUGGGCAGCUGGAAAACUUCCAGAGGGCUGCAGAAAUAGUAGCUGAGAUAUCGGAGAACGUCAGUGCCUUAAAAACCACCCUGUUGGGCUCAGGUUCCCCUUUUGGACUGGAGAGGAGCUGUGGUGCCAAUACAACACUAUUUGAAGCCAACUCAGCAAAUGUCAAAGCACAAAAAGCAGAAAGUGCUGAGCAACCUGAAGGUGACCUCAACAUCUGCUCUGAUGCUACGCUGGCUGCCCUCUGGGAGGAAGAAAUGAGUGGAGAGGAGGCACAGAGAGGUAAAACUGCUCUGGAAAAUGGGGCUCCAGCAGCCAGAUUGGCAGACCAAGAGGACAGAGAUGACUUCAUGUCCCUGGACAUUAGUGAGCAAGAGCUUCAGGUCUUGGAAUGUCAGGCUGUGAAGGAAUUGGUCCAUGAAGUUGCACCCGAGGAGGCAUGUUCCACAGACAAUGAACAAAAUGUGUCCUGUGUCAUUGAGAGUGAUGAAGAGCUGGAAAUGGAGAUGCUGAAAUCUCUAAAAGAUGUAGAUGGUUGUGAAGGAGUUCUACCUGAAGGACAGUCCAGUAAAGCCCAGAUAACUCCUGACACAGAAGUGGAUGUAGCACCAGAUGGUGAUGAAGAUGAAGGCAUUGAGGAAGAGGAGGAGGAAUACUUGGAUCCACUGCUUCCAGAACCUGGAGAAAGCCACAUCAUGUGUCUGAAGACCUAUUUUGGGCAUUCUUCAUUUAAACCGGUCCAGUGGAAAGUGAUCAAUUCUCUUUUGGAAGACAGAAGAGAUAAUCUUGUUGUCAUGGCAACUGGCUAUGGAAAAAGCUUGUGCUACCAGUUUCCUUCUGUUUACACUGGACGCACAGGAGUUGUCAUCUGCCCUCUUAUCUCCCUGAUGGAGGACCAGGUGCUGCAGUUGACAAUGACAGGGAUUCCAGCUUGUUUCCUUGGUUCAGCUCAGUCGAAACAGGUCCGGGAUUCCAUCCUAGGGGGUCAGUACAGAGUGAUAUACAUGACUCCAGAGUUUUGUUCAGGAAACUUGAAGUUACUUCAGGACCUUGACCGAAGUGUUGGUAUCACACUCAUCGCUGUGGAUGAAGCUCACUGCAUCUCUGAGUGGGGCCACGACUUCAGGAACUCCUUCAGAACUUUAGGCUCAUUAAAGGAGACUCUGCCAUCGGUCCCCAUUAUUGCUUUAACUGCCACUGCGAGUCCCUCGAUUCGAGAGGAUGUAGUGAAAUGCCUGAACCUGAGGAAUCCCCAGGUCACCUGCACCAGUUUUGACAGACCUAACCUGUACCUGGAAGUUGGACAGCAAAGUGGAGACAUCAUUAGGGAUUUGAAGCAGUUCCUAACUAGGAAAGGAAGUAGUUCUGUGUAUGAGUUUGAAGGCCCCACUAUCAUUUACUGCCCUACCAGAAAGGCCACUGAGGAGGUGGUGUGUGCACUGCACAGACUCAACGUGGCCUGUGGUACCUACCAUGCUGGGAUGGGGAACAAGCAGAGGAGAGACACUCACCACCAGUUCAUGAGGGAUGAAAUUCAGUGUGUUGUGGCCACGGUGGCUUUUGGCAUGGGCAUCAACAAGGCAGACAUCAGGCUGGUGAUCCACUACGGUGCCCCGAAGGAGAUGGAAUCCUAUUACCAGGAAAUGGGGAGAGCUGGGCGCGACGGGCUUCCCGCUGCCUGCCACGUCCUCUGGGCUGCAGCAGACCUCACCUGUAACAGGCGCCUGCUGAACAACAUCAGCAACGAGAAGUUCCGGCUGUACAAGCUGAAGAUGUUGAACAAGAUGGAGAAGUACCUGGUGUCGAACAGCUGCAGGAGGAAAAUCAUCUUGUCUCAUUUUGAAGACAGACAACUCCGAAAGGUUUCCUCUGGCAUCAUGGGCACAGAAGAAUGCUGUGAUAAUUGCAGGUCCAGCAGCUCCUGCCUUGCAGUCCCCAGCGACUUUGACGGCGGAUUGCAGGACUUUGGGAAGCAAGCACACCAGCUGCUCUCUGCAGUCACUGCCCUGGAUGAGAAGUUUGGGACCAGAAUGCCAAUUCUGCUUCUUCGAGGGUCUUGUUCCCAACGCUUGCCGGACCGGUACCGGAGACACCCUCUCUUUGGCUGUGGAAAAGAGUGGCCAGAGAACUGGUGGAAACUGCUCUGCCAGCAGCUCAUACUGGAAGGGUUCCUCAAAGAAGUCACAGGCCAUAACAAGUUUGCAAUAAUUUGUGUGCUCACCCAGAAGGGUAGAAAUUGGCUGUCAAAAGCUGGAUCUGCCUCAAAUCCAAGUCUUUUGUUACAGUCCAGUGAAGACCUAAAUCUGCAGAGACCUUCUACCAGCAGCAGGCGUUUGCCUGUGCUCUCCAGGCAGUACUCCCCAGGCACAAAAGGAACAACACAGUCACCAGGCAAGCAGAUAUCUCUGUAUGAGAUGUUCUCCUGUAACAGAAAAGACAAAACUCCUCCAAGAAGCACUGACAUGGUUAACAGUGUUUCAGGGCGCUCACCACUGAAAUCUCCUUUGAAGCCCCAAGAACCAGAUGUUUCAUCCCGAGAAAAAGAACUAGAGACUGCUCUGUAUGGCAAGCUGCUGACUGCUAGACAGAAGGUAGCUAAUGAGAAGGAAAUUCCUCCAGCUGUCUUGGCAACCAAUAAGAUCCUGGUGGAGAUGGCCCGGAUAAGGCCUACGAGCAUUGAGAACCUGAAGAAAAUUGAUGGUGUGUCUGAAGCCAAGUCCACCAUGCUGAUGCCUCUCCUGGCUGAAAUCAAGGACUUCUGCCAAGUAAAUGGUUUGCAGACCGACACAUUCUCCACAUCUGAAUCAAAGGUUUGGAAAGAAGCAUCUCCCUGGAAGUGUGCUAGAGCCCUUUCUCCCUCAGAGGAGGUGACAUAUAUCCUGUUCCAAGAGAAGAAUUACUCUCUGGGCUGGAUGGGCUGUUUUAAAACUCUGACGCAGUACAAUUCCUGGGAAAUAGCUCAUCCUCCUGCCUCUGAAGUGCUGGUAUGGACAGCUGAGGAGGCCAUAAGUGAGUGCAGAUCUCUGCCCCUUGCUGUGGUUGGCGCUCACCUGUCCCAGGCCCUGAGAGCUGGCUAUGCUGUGAGCCUGGAGCGAGCAGGUUUGACUCCUGCAAUUCAGAGGGUCCUUAGGGACGUUAUCCACAGUCCUCCCAUUAACUCUGACACUACCAAAAUUCAAGAUAUCAGAAAACUUACUCCUGCAAAUAUUGAGCUGUAUCUAAUCAAGAUGAUGAUUGCACUGUUGGAGAAAGAGGAUAGAAAUAAAUCUCAGGAUGCCUUAGGUAUCAAAAGAAGGUUGGUGUGGCCUGAAGGGCAGCCAGGAAAAACAGGAGCAGAUCAAGCAAGCAGGCAAGGUGCCUUGUGGAAUAAAACACAGGAUCAUGGGAUCAAUCCAGCAUCCAAGGAAGGAGCAGAGAAAACCCAUCUGCGUGUGGUGCCUUUGGUUUCGGGGAAGGCUGCAGGGAGCGUGGAUGCCUGGCAGGCAGGGAGCAGAGGGGCAGCAGGCUUCUCAAAGCCCAUCACCCCAGCCUCUUCCAACCAGCCUGCCCUCGAUCCUGAGGAGAAGGAGCUCUUUGGGGACUUGGAGCCCAAGAAUCAUGGACCCCAGCUUGCUGAGGGAGCGGGAGCUGUUCAAGAAGCGAGCCCUUUCCACGCCAGCCGUAGAGAAGCGCCCAGCGCUCUCCUCGGACUCCUCUGCUUCCAAGAAGAAGAAGGCCAAAGUAGAACAAGGGGGCUCCUCCAGCUCAAAACAAAACACAGAUCACAGCAAUGGAUCAUUUAACUUGAAAGCCCUUUCAGGAGGCUCUGGCUACAAGUUUGGAGUCCUUGCUAAAAUAGUGAAUUAUAUGAAGACCCGGCACCAGCGUGGUGAUACACACCCAUUGACCCUGGAAGAGAUCCUGGAUGAAACACAGCAUUUAGAUAUUGGACUCAAACAGAAACAAUGGUU